CUCUUUAUAAGUACACCUCUGUCCCACUCCAUUAAAGCAAUCACUUCAUCAAAGCAAAGAACCAGCUUCCUUCCUGUGUAGGUAAUCAAUAUCAUCCAUCCGGCAGUCGCCAGCCGUCGGCCAUGGACGCCCAGAGGGUCGUUCUUAUGGCAAAACCAAAAGAUAUCUCUCGGACGAAAUCCAGUGCUCACGACGAAUUACACAGCUUCAGGUCGUGGCUCCGGUGGAUGUGCGUCGAUCAAUCCAACUGUUGGACGUUUUGCCUCUCUUGGCUAGUUUUCAUCGUCUUCGCCAUCGUCAUCCCUGUUCUCUCCCAUUUUUACCUCGCCUGUAGUGAUUGCGAUAAUCGCCACGCGAGGCCUUAUGAUACUCUUGUUCAGUUGUCUCUCAGCAGCAUUGCGACACUUUCCUUUGUUUGCCUCUCCCAGUUCGUUAGAAUUUAUGGACUUCGGAGGUUUCUCUUCUUCGAUAAGCUUUGUAAUGAAAGCGAAACCGUUCGCAGGGGUUAUACUGAACAGCUCAAUAGCUCGCUGAAAAUAGUGUUCAUAUUUGUGGCGCCAUGUUUCACAGCUGAGGCUGCAUAUAAGAUCUGGUGGUAUAGUUCAGGCGCCACCGCUAUUCCUUUCUUGGGUAAUGCUAUCGUGAGCGACGCCGUAGCGUGCACCUUGGAGCUCUGUUCCUGGCUUUACAGAACCGUGGUGUUUUUCCUGGUGUGCGUCCUUUUCCGCCUCAUCUGCCAUCUACAAAUCCUCCGCCUCCAAGAUUUUGCUCAGGUCUUCCAUGUCGAGUCUGAUGUGGAAUCUGUAUUGAGGGAACACCUUAGGAUCAGAAGGCAUCUACGCAUCAUCAGUCACCGAUUCCGAGUCUUUAUACUUUGGGCACUCAUCCUUGUGACUGUCAGUCAAUUUGCAUCGCUUCUUGAUACUACCCGCUCCACAGCAGAUCUCAGCAUCUUCAAAACCGGUGAACUUGCUCUUGUUUCGGUGAGCUUACUUGCUGGGCUAAUGAUACUACUAAGAAGUGCGACGAGGAUCACACACAAGGCUCUUGGGGUGACAUGUCUGGCGACUAAGUGGCACGUAUGUGCAACCAUCGAGUCAUAUGAUCCACCAGAUGUAGACAUGGAAACGCCACCUACGGCUAUGGGUGUUAUGGGAAACCAGGUGUUCAGGCGAGAUGCAUCAUCAUCAUCAUCCGAUAAUGAGGAUGUUGGUAGUGAAGAUGAGCUAGACAAUGAUAAACUCAUACCUGCAUAUGCUUACAGUACCAUCUCAUUUCAGAAAAGGCAAGCUUUAGUGACUUAUUUUGAGAACAACAGAGCUGGGAUAACAGUGUUUGGAUUUAUGCUGGAUAGGACUACUUUGCACACUAUAGUGAUGAUAGAGAUGUCAUUGGUGUUGUGGUUGCUUGGAAAGACUGUUGGUAUCUCUUAA